GUACAAUAUGUGCGGCUAGCAUUGUGGAAGCUCUAAGCGGCAUGGAAUGGUUCAGCCGUAGCGGCCUUACUAUGGCUGCUUUCAUUGAUUCCCUGCAUGAUAUUAUUAAUGUAGAACAGGAUUUCAUCCAUUCUUGUUGGGAACGCAUUAAUCGCCUAGUACUGGAGUGGACGGCCAGCCAAACGCAGAAUACAUCUCCGUCCGCCACGUCCUCUCAGUCAAUUUCUGUAUCCGCUGGGGCACCUCGAAACAGUAUUGGUAGUGCAAGCGAUUCUGCUUCAUUCGACGGCCAGAAAACCCGCGUAUCAGACAUAAGUGAUAGAAAUACUUUCUCCAAUCAACAAAAAUCAGAGAGCAAAUCAGGUUCCCGCAACCAGACUACGUCUGUGACACCGACGGAUGUCAGAGACGUACAUUUCUGAGGGCUUCUGGUUUCGGUAAGUUACAAUAGCGAGGCUUGACAAAAAAACUUACCGCGGUGUUAUACCGAGCAGAUUGUGCGAAGAGCAAUGUGAUACUAGACGCGGUUGUAUACUUAUGAAAACAUUAUUCUUUCCAAUGAUUGGCAUUGCUGCUAGAUGAACUUAAUAGAAGCAUAUUUCCAUUUUGCAAAAAACUUCUAUUAUUUUCUAAGAUAGCAAAUAAAUGUGUUGAUAGCGAAUAAAUAAGUAUUAGCCUUACUUAACACUUUAUAAAUAAUAAAAAGUAGCAGAAACGAUCGUGUGUUGCAUAAAAAUUGCAAUAUCAAAAAAGCAUGUAAGUGGUAUGAGAUAUUAAAAUCCUUUGUAUAUAUAGUCUUUCAUAACACUUCAUGUGUAAAAUGUACCUAAUAUGUAGAUUAUUCAUUAUAAUUAGUAUAAAAAUUUAACUAUUCACAACUGUCCAGUACCUCUAAAUUACAUAAAAGACAAGAAAUAUUAUUAUAUCGAUUAAAAAAGGGGAAAAGCAUAGUUCUUUGCAUUUGCUAUACUUCAUUUGUUUAUAUUGGGAUACGAAUUUUAUACUCAAUGUUUAAAAUAAAAAGAUAUUUAUCAAUUGUUACUAAAGAGCCCAGUUGUUCUGAUUGUAAUUGUAAGUAUAUUAAGAUUAAUGCUUAUAAUUUUACAUUAUUAUAUAAGUUAAAUUUUAACAAAAAGCCAAAAAAAAAAACAAAUUAAUGAAACUACGUUAUAAAGUGUGUAUAGAAGGGGAAAACUAAGAAAUACGCUUCAGGUGCAUUUUGGCCUGUUUCCAAUGCACUUGAUAAAAAUAUAUACAUGUAAUAACAUAUCACAAUUCAUACUAUUUUUACAAUACUAUACACUAGACAACUGCAUUGUAGGAAUAUAAGAUAAAAUAUGUUUAUAGAUUUCUUUUUAAUUAUUUAGUGCCAGUGCUUUGUUAGAUAUCAUUCUAUGAAGUUAAGAUGUAACGUAAUUAUCCACAUUAUAUACAAUACAUUAGUGGACAGGCUGAUUU